AUGAACGGACGGAUGGACGAAUGGACGGAUGGACGGACGGACGGAUGGACUGAUGGAUGGACGGAUGGACGGAUGGACGGACGAAUGGACGGAUGGACGAAUGGACUGAUGGAUGGACGGAUGGACAAACGGACGGAUGGACAAACGGACGGAUGGACAAACGGACGGAUGGACAAACGGACGGAUGGACAAACGGACGGAUGGACGGACGGACGGAUGGACAAACGGACGGAUGGACAAACGGACGGAUGGACAAACGGACGGAUGGACAAACGGACGGAUGGACAAACGGACGGAUGGACAAACGGACGGAUGGACGGACGGACGGAUGGACUGAUGGAUGGACGGAUGGACAGAUGGACGGACGAAUGGACGGAUGGACGAAUGGAC